UUCCAUUUAGUGAGGCUCUAUUGAUAAGCAGUUAUGUGGAUGGCGAUGAUGAGGAAACUCGAAUGAUGCGCCGUGCUAUGGUGCGAUAUAUGUGUUUGGCACAAGUACUGGUCUAUCGAGAUAUCAGUAUACCGGUUCGGAAGCGCUUUCCAACAUACACAGCCAUCGUCAAGGCUGGAUUUAUGACGGCGCGUGAAAUGAAAAAAUUGUCAGAUAUAGAUCUGGAAUACGACAAAUAUUGGGUACCAAUCAAUUGGACAUUUACGCUACUUCACAAUGCGCGGCGAGCCAAGAAAAUUAGUAGCGAUGUGAUGACCAAUAAAUUAUGUGAUGAACUGCGAGUUUUUCGGCAGAGUUUACAAGUUGUAUGCAAUUAUGACUGGAUAGAUUUACAUGUUCCCGUGAUGACAAUAAUUCAAUUUAUCUUUUUUGUUGGAUGGCUUAAAGCUGCAGAAGUGUUGCUGAAUCCGAUGGGUGAGGAUGACGACGAUUUCGAAUGCAAUUAUCUAAUCGACAAAAAUCUUGCGGUACGAUGCAUACAUGACUAAGA